GCAAAAUAUUUAUCUUGCUAAAGUUCACGAUGAGCAAACCCAUGCAGCCAAAGCAUCAGAAUCGGUUUAAUCGCACAUCGCUAUACAAACCUACUGGAGAAGUAGUCCGUCAUUCUGAAUACCCAUGUCGUCUUAAUUUCUAUCUUCGCCCACCACCGGUUGAAAUUAGCGUUGAGGACUUUGAACGAUUUGCCCUGGACAGACUACAAGUGCUCAAAACGAUUGAGAAUGCUACACUGAGAAAUAAAAAGGCAGACGAAUUUCGGCGUGAGAUGGAUCGCGUUAGUAGCGAGCAUAUGCGUAUGCGCACAGGUCAUACGAAGGAAGCUAUGGAAGACAGAAAGAAAGAUCAUGUCAGUCACUUUAUUUUGCGACUUGCGUACUGCAGAAGUGAGGACCUACGAGCAUGGUUCUUACGACAGGAAUGCGCCUUGUUCAGAUACCGCUUUGAGUUGGAGAGUAGAAAAGAUAAGGAAGUUUUUUUAAAAUCCCUUGAUAUCAACUGGAAAGUGGUCAGCCAAGAAGACAAGAUGAACAUGAAAGCAGAGCUUGAGAGCUGUGCUAUUUGGACUGCUAAAGCUGCCGGUAUACAGAACGUGAAGGACUUCGUUGAAAAUGAGACGUAUUUCGAAGUUGAAUUUGAAAAGGUUCCUGAUCUCAUCGGUCGCCGAUCGGUGCUGGUAAGACGGGGCAAAGCUUUCGUACCCAUGACUGAACAGAUCAGUCUUGUUAUGGAUGAGUUUAAAGCUAGGCUGUCAAAAGCUUUGGAGGCGACAGCAAAAGCACUUCCACGCAUGGAUGAAGAUGAAAGAUUAAAACCUGUACUGCUUAACGUGGAGAAACAAUAUACUGGAAAAGACUACGGAGAUGUCACUAACGUAACAGGCAAAGUGAAAGCUUCUGAAGUUGAUGGGCUGUCACAACACUUCCCACUUUGUAUGAGCAAUCUACAUCAAUCUCUGAGAAAGGACAAGCAUCUGAAACAUGGAGGCAGAAUGCAAUAUGGACUUUUCCUAAAGGGCAUUGGACUCUCGGUUGAGGAAGCCCUUGUUUUCUGGAGAAAGGCCUUUGGCAACCACACUGAUGACAAAUUCCAAAAGGAAUACUCGUACAACAUUCGCCACAAUUACGGUUUAGAAGGCCGGCGAGUGAACUAUGCUCCGUAUAGCUGCAUGAAAAUCAUCCAGAGUAACCAGCCUUCCACUGGUGAUCAUCACGGAUGUCCCUUCAGGCACUUUUCCGCACAGAGCUUAGAGGCGACUUUAUAUAAGAACAAAGUAGGCGCUCCCCAAGUGAAUGAAAUUGUUCGGCUUGCAAAAGAUCGACACUAUCAACUGGCAUGCACACGUUACUUUGAAGUAACUCAUCCCGAAAUGCAAAGUGGCCAAGUAGGAACUAUCGAACAUCCUAACCAAUACUUCGACAUGAGCCAAGGAAAACUACCUGACAGUGAUGCCAUGACGACGGAUUAGCCAGCAAAAUCAUAACUAUACUACGGUGCCUUACAUCCUUAGCAAAUUCAUAACAACUGUGUAUCAUCCUACCCAUUUUUCUUUCAUCAAAGCAGACCUGACAUAAACUAGUCUUUUGUAAUAUUACGUGAAACGAUCCCCGAGCUGAUCAUUAAUUGAAAUCUGCUUAGACUUAAUAUGUAAAUGAGUGCCCGCCAUCUUCCCGUUUCUUUUUUUUUCUCUACCCGCUACUUUUGUGUAUGCGCG